AUGAGAAACAAACAACAACUGCCCCCACCAAAGGGUCCACCCUUGAAACCCAGAAAUGGACCACGACAUUGGAGUUCACAAAUAAUAGAAACUAUAGUGUCAUCUGCUCAUGGAGAAAAUUUGAAUAUUGUUAUAGAUGGAGGGGCUGAUAAUGGGUUGUUUUGUCUUGUGGGUGAUGUAGAUCAUGACUCCAUUUCUUAUCAUGGUCAAAAACUGUACACAGAUGAUACACUUUUGGAAAUACAGGGUCAGAAAAUAUCUGGAUAUACGUUCAGAGAUGCUACCCUUUGGUUAAAACAAGUCAGUCAAAAUGGUGCCCCAGUGAUGAUUAAAACUCUCCAAAAAGGUAGGUUCAAAUGUAUAGACCAACCAUUACGUCCCUUUCUGACAUCACGAUUUCAGAAAGGUUCUGUAGAUCAUGACCUUCAACAAACAAUACGAGAUAAUUUAUACAUGAGAACAGUACCCUGUACAACUCGUCCACCAAGACCAGGAGAGAAAAAUGGAGAAGAUUAUACAUUUCUAUCAUUAGAAGAGUUUUAUGAAUUAGAAAAGUCAGGAGAUUUGUUAGAGAGUGGAAUAUUUGAUGGUAAUCAUUAUGGAACACCUCGCCCACCAAAAGAACCAUCAACACCAUUAAAUCGCCAUUCUAGUUCUGGUGCUCUCAACAUGGCAGAUACUAAACGAAAACGCAACAACAGCAGUUCUGAAGCUGUCCAAUCAAAUGAUAUUGCAGAUGAAUUACCUCCCUUUCCAAUGACACGGAAGAAAUCAUUAGAGAGAGCUCAUAGUUCAUCUAAUCUAGGACCUCUUCCUGAUAAUUGGGAAAUGGCUUUUACUGAUGAGGGACAACCUUAUUUUAUUGAUCAUGAUACAGAAACAACACAUUGGUUGGAUCCCAGAUUAGCUAAAGUAAAAGAUGGAACUCCUGAUGAAUUGCCGUAUGGUUGGGAGAAAGUAGAAGAUCCACAUUUCGGUACUUAUUAUAUCGAUCAUGUGAAUCGUAGAACUCAAUAUGAAUAUCCUGUGAUAGAUAGUAAACAUAAUGUAACCAGUCAAGAAAACUCAGCCACCAUGUCAACUUCAACUUGUCCUUUAACAUUCAACUACCUCGGCAGGAGACCUCACUUUACCAAAAAUCCCAAUGAAUUAAAGGGAGAAUUACUGCAGGCAUCAUUGGUCAAGAGUUUUCGAGGUUUUGGGUUUACUAUUAUUGGUGCUGAUAGAGAAGAUGAAGAAUUCUUACAGAUUAAAAAUAUUGUGCCUAAUGGUCCGGCAUAUCUUGAUGGUAAACUCAAAACAGGUGAUGUUUUGGUGUAUAUCAACAAGACAUGUGUCCUCGGUUAUACACAUCAGAACGUUGUCAGUGUGUUUCAAUCAAUACCACCAGGAGAGACAGUUGUCCUAGAUGUUUGUCGUGGUUAUGCACUGCCGUCAAAUUUAGACGAUCCCAACACGCAGAUAGUGACAACCGUGGCAGUGUCUGGACCUAAUUCAGGACAACAACCACCUGCAUACGGAUUUAAUGGACUAGAUGCUUUAAAUACAUCACAACGAAGUUUAAAAUCUUUACCUGAUUUAGCCAAAUCCCACAAUGCCAAUAAUGCAGAUUCAAGUUUCUCCCAGAAUAGUUUACAAGGGGAGUUAACUGAUGAACCUCCCGAUUUAAUCAUGUCUAAAGCAGAAAUGUUGGUUGUGGAUAUUGUGCGUGGAAAAAGUGGAUUUGGAUUUACAAUAGCCGAUUCUCCUUUCGGACAGCGUGUGAAACAAAUCAUUGAUGAACCUCGAUGUAAAAAUCUUCAAGAAGGUGAUAUCUUACAUCAAAUUAAUGAUAUUAAUGUCCGUGAUAUGACUCAUUCUCAAAUUGUGGCUGUUUUAAAGGAAUGUCCAAUGGGAGAUGUGACAGUUAUUACUGUACAAAGGGGAGGUAAGUCAUGUUUGUUUUUAGUAAUUUUUGCUGUUAAAGAUAAAUUAGGAUUGGCAGGAGCUUCAUUUUAA